CGCGGCCAUCUUGUGUGUCCUCCCACUAUAAUCACUCACAUCGCGGGAGCCCCCCCGCCAUGUGAAUUGGGCUCUUGACAGGUGUAUCGGGGGACAGCGGGUCGUCUGCAGUCCGGUUCUGUUUGAUGCGAGCGCGACCUCGCCCAGUUUGCGGUCCGAUCCGGACGGAUUCCCGGCUGUCCAAUCAAAGGGUAAAUAACUGAUAUGCAAAUGAGCUUCAUGUCUCAUCACUCCCGACGUCGGAAGCGCCGAGGUUGCCACCAGUGGCACAACUAAAACUUCCCAAGUACAAUUAGCUAGCUCGCUAGCCGGCCCGGCGCACUGCAACUAGUUCAGUCCGGAUCAUAAACUUUGCUGGGAGAGAGGGGGGCCGCUUCGCACCGGUUUCGGCCGGGGGGGAUGGAUCCCUCCGAGACGAGAAAGCGGUGAAAUUAAACUUCUGCGUCGCCCGACUCGUCCGGCUGUCGGUGGCUUCACCAGCUUGUUGUUGCUGUCAACCACUUCCGUACAAAUGGAUCUGUCUGUGACGUCUCCCUGUGCUGUCUUCCCGGCCUUUCCGGAUGGAUUAGCUGUGGUCUUGUAGCCUUUGACUCUCUUGGCCUACAGUGGCUAGAAGCCCACAGCAGAACUACAUAGGGAAGUGGAGACACCUUAUGUAAGCCUGUGCUAUGGCUGAUUCCAUCAUGGACUUUUUUGAUGAUUCAAGCAUAUUUCCGGGCGAUCUGGAGGAGCUGUCAAAUGAGAGCUUUGCUCCUCCAUCAGUCUUUGCUCCUGGGGUGGAUGAGCUGAUAAGUUCUGAGUUUGAGUCUUUGCCUGUAGUUGGGGCAGGCAAACAUCCUGGCAUAGGGUCAUCUUCCUCUCAACAGGGCUUGAACUUUGAACAGCAGAUUGACCAUUUCGUUCUACUGAAAAGUCCACAUUCUAUAGGACAACCUUAUGUUUCAAACUGUACCACCAGUGAAAGUGGCCAUGUGUUGGGCCAGCACACGCAGUACCAUGGCUCCCCCUUACACCAAGCACCCCAGGCCAAUGGACUGUUCCCUGAUAGCAGCCCCAUGUGGGGCAACCAGGACCAGAAUGGUAAUGGAUUCCAUCAGCUUCCCCAGCAGCAGAGUCACCAUCAGCAUGUUCACCAACAUAGACACCUUCAGCCUCACCAGCAGCUUGCUGGCUCCCAGACUCUGCACCAACAAGGCAAAGCCUUCCCUGAGCACCAGGAAUUUAUGUUUUACCCGGGUAACCAGGUUCAGAAGCAACAGCAACCACAGCGAAACCACCAUGGUCAGCUCCAAUCUUUCUCUCUUAACACGGAGUGCAAUGGGGCUUUAUAUCGCCAAGGAGGUAUCCUGAAUGCCUUUAAGCAGCCAAAUCCCCACAUAAAUGCAGACAAUGUGUCGUUCCCCUGUGGCACUCAGCAACAGCAGAGCAGGAUGCAGAAUUGUCAGGGGGCUCAGAAGUACCCCACUUCCACAGAAAGCAUGGUAAUGCCAUUUUCCAGGGAGCCCACAUCGAGUGCACACUGCUCUGUCAGUUCUGGAGCUUCUUACUGUAAUGUACAGUACCGCCUUCCUGGACAGCCAGUGUUGAGUGCAAGUGCGGCCCAGUCCUCCACCCAUGUGCCUGCUAACACCACACCUUCUACCACUGUCCCCAUUCUAAGUGGUUCCAUGCCAGAGUUCUCAGGGGCAGAAGAUGCUUUUUCAUUGCUCCAAGAGAUGGAUCAGCAUCAGCCACGGCAGCAGGUUUCUAUAAACCAAGCUGGAGAUUGCCCUUUCCCGGCCAUGCGGCUCCCAGCCCAAGCUCAGGAAGACUACAGCAGCUCAGAGAUCUUCUCUGAAGACGUGGGCAGCUAUUCAGGUCCCAUAACCCAGCACCGCACUGCCUCUCAGGGGAGCUGUGGGCCGCUCAUACCUCCAGUGAACAGCAACGGAUAUGAGGACCUGGUUGAGAAUUUGUUACCGCAGAUUGAUGCUCAAACAGGAGAGUUUGAAGGACUGGAAGCUUCUGACCUUUUAGAAGAUGAUCUCCUUCCCCAGCUGGAACCUGAAGCCCUGAAUCAAAGGCUUCCUUUGGAACAGCACAAGGAGUCAAAUUAUUCCUGGACCAAUGGAAACCAGGAGAGGGAUCAGGACAACCACUUGAUGGAUUAUGCGACACAGCCUCGAAAGAACACUAAUGGUUCCAGCAACCACCCACGGGUCCUCAGCCCUCUGAAGAACUCCUCUCUGUCUGCGUCUGCAUUGCUGAGCCCCCCCACAGACAGGAGGGUGCAGAGGAAACAGCUGGUGGAGGCGGCACAGGAAGAUAAGCAGGAAAAGGCUAACCGGAUCAUUUCGGCACCCCUGACUAAAGCCAGGGAGAGGGGGUGGCAUAAAGGCCUCCCCAGGGUCAUGAGUCCCCAAAGCUCGCCCUGCACCUUGGAGCAGCAGCCAGACCAUCGCCGCAGCAGGGGGCCCAGGGAGAAGCCCUCGAAGGCCAAAGACAAGCAGAAUGCCAAAGUUGGGAAAAUAGUAAUCAAAUUUGGCAAGAAGAAGAAGCGGAAGAAUGACUCAUCAGAGUCGUCGACAGAGGAUGAGCCGCCUCUCCGGCGAUCCUCUAAGGAGGACGACAUGAAGAGACGCUCCAACCGGCAGGUAAAGCGCAAGAAGUACACGGAGGAUGGGGAGUCGAUGCCGUCGGAUGAGGAGGGCCGGGUGAGCGUCAAAGCCAAGAAGACGGCCACAUCUGUCAAAGAGCCGGCCGCGCAGAUGUUAGCGGCAAACCCGAGCGAAGAAGAUGGUAUCAUCGUUGACAAAAUCAUGUCCUCUCGUUAUGUGAAAACAGAGGUUUCUCCUGGAGCUGAGAUAGAAGUGGAGGAGUUCUUUGUAAAAUACAAAAACUACUCCUAUCUUCACUGCGAGUGGGCUACAGAGCAGAAGCUAAUGAAGGACAAGAGGAUCCAGCAGAAGAUCAAGCGCUUCCGGAUUAAGCAGGCGCAGAGGGCCCUCCUCUUCGCAGACAUGGAAGAAGAUCCAUUUAACCCUGAUUAUGUUGAGGUGGACAGGGUGCUGGAGGUAUCUUACUGUGAGGACAAGGAUACCAAGGAGACGGUGGUGUACUACCUGGUGAAGUGGUGCUCCUUACCCUACGAGGACAGCACAUGGGAGCUCAAGCAGGACGUCGACCAGAGUAAGAUCGAGGAGUUUGAGCGGCUGCGAGCAGCCCAGUCGGACCAUCGGAGGGUGGAGCGACCCCUGGCCAGUCAGUGGAAGAAGAGGGGGGAGUCCAGGGAAUAUCGCAACGGCAACCGCCUCAGGGAUUAUCAGCUGGAGGGAGUCAACUGGCUCCUCUUCAACUGGUAUAACAGACGUAACUGUAUCCUGGCUGAUGAAAUGGGCCUGGGCAAAACCAUCCAGUCCAUCACGUUUCUCGAGGAGAUCUACCACACUGGCAUCCGAGGACCCUUUUUAAUCAUCGCUCCGCUCUCCACCAUCGCCAACUGGGAGCGCGAGUUCCACACCUGGACACAACUCAACGUCGUUGUCUACCAUGGCAGCAUGGUCAGCCGGCAGAUGCUGCAGCGAUACGAGAUGUAUUUCAAGGACUCUCAGGGUCACUUAAUUCAGGGGGCCUAUAAGUUCCAGGCCAUCAUCACCACCUUCGAGAUGAUCCUUGGGGGAUGUCCAGAGCUUAAUGCCAUCGACUGGCGCUGCGUCAUCAUUGACGAAGCUCAUCGGCUGAAGAACAGGAACUGCAAACUGCUGGAGGGCUUCAAGCUCAUGAGUCUGGAACACAAGGUCCUCCUGACUGGCACUCCUCUUCAAAACACUGUGGAAGAGCUCUUCAGUCUGCUGCACUUCCUGGAGCCCUUGCGCUUCCCCUCUGAGGCCACCUUCAUGCAGGAGUUCGGGGACCUGAAGACAGAGGAACAGGUCCAGAAACUCCAGGCCAUUCUGAAGCCCAUGAUGUUAAGACGUCUAAAAGAAGACGUCGAGAAGAAGCUGGCUCCCAAAGAGGAGACCAUUAUUGAGGUGGAGCUGACAAACAUCCAGAAGAAGUAUUACCGCGCCAUCCUGGAGAAGAACUUCUCCUUCCUGGCUAAGGGUGCCAGCCAGGCUAACGUGCCUAACCUGGUCAACACCAUGAUGGAACUCCGCAAGUGCUGUAACCAUCCAUACCUCAUCAAAGGGGCUGAGGAGAAGAUCUUGGAGGACUUCCGGGAGGUCUACAGUCCUGCUUCCAUGGACUUCCACCUGCAGGCCAUGGUGCAGUCGGCUGGGAAGCUGGUCCUCCUGGACAAGCUGCUGCCAAAGAUGAAGGCAGGGGGCCACAAGGUGCUCAUCUUCUCCCAGAUGGUGCGGUGCCUGGACAUCCUGGAGGACUACCUCAUCCAGAGGAGGUACCUGUAUGAACGGAUAGAUGGGCGAGUUCGGGGAAAUCUGCGGCAGGCCGCCAUCGACCGCUUCUGCAAGCCCGAUUCAGACCGGUUCGUGUUCCUGCUGUGCACCCGUGCGGGGGGCUUGGGCAUCAACCUGACUGCUGCGGACACCUGCAUCAUCUUCGACUCUGACUGGAACCCCCAGAACGACCUCCAGGCUCAGGCUCGCUGCCACAGGAUUGGCCAGAAUAAGGCAGUGAAGGUAUACCGGCUGAUUACCCGCAACUCCUACGAGCGCGAGAUGUUCGACCGUGCCAGCCUGAAGCUGGGCCUGGACAAGGCCGUGCUACAGAGCAUGAGCGGCCGGGAGAACGUCACAGUCGGAGUAAGUCAUCCACCUUCUCGGAGUCUGACAAAGCACAAUGCGAUGGGGGGAGGGGGGUCUCAUUCCCCAGGGACAAGCUUCAUACUCGUGUUCCAUGUCCUCCAACAGAGCCAGCAGCAGCUCUCUAAGAAGGAGAUCGAGGACCUGCUGAAACGAGGGGCCUAUGGGGCCCUUAUGGAAGAGGAGGACGAAGGCUCCAAGUUCUGCGAGGAGGAUAUCGACCAGAUUCUCCAGCGCAGGACCAAGACCAUCACCAUUGAGUCUGAGGGCCGCGGAUCCACGUUUGCCAAGGCCAGUUUUGUAGCCUCUGGCAACAGGACCGAUAUCUCUUUAGAUGACCCCAACUUCUGGGACAAGUGGGCAAAGAAGGCAGAGAUAGAUCUGAGCAGCGUCGAUGGCAGAAACAGUCUGGUGAUUGACACGCCGCGGGUCCGGAAGCAGACUCGGCCCUACAGCACCACCAAGAGCGAGCCGGCGGAACUGAUGGAGGGGGACAGCGACCGGGACGACAAGCCCAAGCUGCGGCGUCCCUAUGACCGCCUCGGCAGCUACGGCCGCACUGAGUGCUUCCGCGUGGAGAAAAACCUGCUGGUGUAUGGGUGGGGGCGCUGGAAGGAUAUCCUCCAGCACGGGCGUUUCAAACGGCCACUUAGCGAGCGAGACGUGGAGGUGAUCUGCCGGGCGCUGUUGGCCUACUGCCUGGUGCACUACCGCGGCGAUGACAAGAUCAAGAGCUUCAUGUGGGACCUGAUCGCCCCCUCCGAGGACGGCCGCACCCGGGAGCUACAGAACCAUCUGGGCCUGUCAACUCCGGUUCCCCGGGGCAGGAAGGGCAAGAAAGUGAAGGCCCAGUCCAGCACCUUCGAGAUCCACAAGGCUGAGUGGAUCCAGAAGCACAACCCUGAGCACAUCCUACAGAACGACAGCUACAAGAAGCACCUGAAGCACCACUGCAACAAGGUGCUCCUGCGGGUCCGGAUGCUCUACUACCUGAAACAGGAAGUCAUUGGAGACAGGUCGCAGAAGGUCCUGGAUGGAGUGUGCUCCAGUGAGAUUGAGAUCCGGGUUCCAGAGCCCGACCACUCCGACCUUCCCACUCUCUGGUGGGACCUGGAGGCGGACAAGUGUCUCCUCCUUGGAGUUUACAAGCACGGUUAUGAGAAGUACAACUCGAUCCGUGCAGAUCCUGCACUCUGCUUCCUGGAGAGGGUGGGGCGGCCGGAUGAAAAAGCCAUCGCGGCUGAGCAGAGGGCCAAUGACUUCAUGGACGGGGAUGUGGACGACCCAGAGUACAAGCCUGCGCCGGCCUUGCUGAAGGGUGAUAUGGAGGAUGAUGUGUCCUCCCCUGGAGAGCUGGUCAUCGCUGAUGCUGCUGGGGACGGCCCAGUGCCAGCAGAGGGGGGGGCCGCAUACUGGCCCGUGCCCUCGGCUCUCACUGCACGGCUGCGUCGCCUCAUCACCGCCUCCCAGCGCUAUACGAAGAGCCGGCAGAUCCUACACAUCCACCGCACGCAGCAGGCCUCCCUGGCCCCGGCCUGCACGCCGCCACCCCCCCUUGCCGACCCUAUCACUCCCAAGAUGGCUGCCAAAAUCGAGCGUCAGCAGCGGUGGACCAGGCGCGAGGAGGCGGACUUCUAUCGCGUGGUGUCCACCUUCGGUGUGGUGUUUGACACCGAGGCAGGCCACUUCGACUGGACCAAGUUCCGCGCCAUGGCGCGGUUGCACAAGAAGACUGACGAGAGUCUGCAAAAGUACCUGCAGGCAUUCACGGCCAUGUGCCGCCGUGUGUGCCGCCUGCCCGCCCGCGAGGAUGAUUCCGCUGACCCCUCCAUCUCCAUUCAGCCCAUCACGGAGGAGCGGGCGUCCCGCACGCUAUACCGCAUCGAACUGCUGCGCAAGGUCCGGGAGCAGGUGCUGCGGCACCCACAGCUGGGCGAGCGCCUGGCACUGUGCCAGCUGGGCCCUGACCUACCCGUGUGGUGGGAGCCAGGGCACCACGACCGCGACCUGCUGAUAGGAGCAGCCAAACAUGGAGUCAGCCGCACGGACUACCACAUUCUGCGCGACCCUGAGCUCGUGUUCAUAGCUGCCCAAAGCAGCUACAGCCAGCACAGGGGCUCACAGUCCCGCAUCGCCACGCCGCUCCUGCAGUUGCAGGGCCAGACCUCGCUCACUGGGUCCCCCUUGAGUGGUCCACUGCGGGAGUCCGAGACUCCGGCCGCCCCGGAUGAAGGCCCCAAGAUGGAGCUGAAACAGGAGCCCAUCUUCCAGGCGGAGGAUGUAGAAAGGAAAGAGCCACUCGCAUCCUGGAGUCCCAAGGUGGUUCCUCGGACCCCCAUGAACCCAGGGGGAGAGGUCGUCCUCCAAAAGGCCCAGGCAUUGCACACCAAGGCCUUCACACCCGAAUCAAGCGCCGAGAAGCACAGGAAAGCCUGUAAGCCGAGCUCCAGGAGUCCCCGGGGGCGCCGCGCCUCCUGUUCCUCAUCCGGCUCAUCUUCACGCUCCUCUUCUUCAUCAUCAUCCUCCUCGUCCUCUUCACGAUUGGGUUCCAGCUCCACAUCCUCCUCCUCUUCGGGUUCUUCGUCGUCCUCUGAGGACGGUGAAAGCGAUGCAGAGGAGGACAGGAAGGCUGCGUUGCCAGGGCCGAGCAUGAAAGGCUUUGACGAGGACAGCGUAGCGUCGCUGAGCACCACACAGGAAGAGACACAAGAUGGCAGCCUUCCUGAGAGUGUCCUGCCCAGCUCCUCCAAUCCUUUCCAGGGAGGAUUCAUGCUGGCUGCCUCCUACUGGCCAAAGGACCGGGUCAUCAUCAACCGCCUGGACAGUAUCUGUCAGGCAGUUCUGAAGGGAAGGUGGCCCACGGCCCGGCGUGCAUUUGAAGGGGGUAUGGUGUCGUCAUUUUACACCACCAAGCUUCUUGAUAGCCCCACGGGACCUGCAGGCCUUAGAGAGGAGUGCUCGGCCUCCCCGCGUAUGGCAAAGGUGAAGACGCAUGUACCAGAAAAGGAGUUUACAGUCAAAAUCAAAGACCAGGAGGGAAGCCUGAAGAUGACGUUCCAGAAGCAGGGCUUGCUCUUGAAGCGCCCCCUGGAGGCAGAAGAAGGAGCUGCGAAUCAGCAGCAGUACUUGGCCCGUCUGCAUGAUCUGCAGGCUGCCGCUGAUGCCAGCCUGUCUGAUUUCACCAAACCUUUACCCAGCACUGGCCCAGGGGAGUGGAUGGCGGCAGACACACCACCUGUGGUGAAGAGGAGGCGCGGCAGGAGGAAGAAUGUGGAAGGAUUGGGCGUCCUGUUCAUGAACAGGAGCAGAACCCCUAUGGCCCACGAGCAGGCAUCCGCUGGCUGGUAUGGCAGUGCCCCAGCCAGUCCCGCCGUGGCGCCAGCACAGGGGUACAGGCAGGGGCCGACGGACCCCGAGGGGAGGGUGCCCGUCAUCAACCUCAAAGACGGAACCCGUCUCACAGGUGACGACGCCCCCAAGAGGAAAGAGUUGGAACAGUGGCUAAGGGCGCACCCGGGUUUCGUGGCAGAUGCUGGGGCCUGCCUACCUGGCACCACUGACAUGCAGUUCCCGGAUGGCCGGCCAAAGCAGAAGCGCCAUCGGUGCCGCAAUCCCAACAAGAUGGACGUCAACAGCCUGACGGGGGAGGAGCGUGUGCAGAUCAUCAACAGGAGGAACGCGCGCAAGGUGGGUGGUGCCCUGGCCCCCCCGCUGAAGGACCUGUGCCGCUUCCUUCAGGAGAACCCCGAGUACGGGGUACCCCCAGAGUGGGCCGAUCUGGUCAAGCAGUCGGGCUACCUUCCAGAGCGCAUGUUUGACCGCAUCCUGACCGGGCCCAUAGUUCCGGAGGAGGUGAGUCGCCGUGGCAGGCGGCCCAAAAGCACUGCGGCUAAGGCAGCCACGGCCUCCCCUGUCCUGCCCGGGAACUCCCUGCUGGCCAACGGGCUGCUCCCUGGCAUGGACCUGUCCAGCUUACAAGCCCUGCAGCAGAACCUCCAGAGCCUACAGGCCCUGCAGAUAGGCGCCGGCCUCAUGGGUCUGCCGGGGGGCCUGGCGACGGCUACUGGAGACACUGGCAACCUGGCUUCCAUGUUUCCCAUGAUGCUCUCGAACCUUCUGGGCAUGAGCAACCUGCUAGGGAAGUCGCAGGAGGUGACGACUGGUGCAGAGGAUGGCAAAAAGGAAAGCGGGAGCGGCAAUGGAGACGCCUCGGUCUCCAGUGGCCCUCCUGUCACCUCCGACCCCAAGGGCGAAAGGACCAAGGGCCAGGACCAGGAGCCCUGCAGCUCCGUGGCCACGCCAAGCGCCGCCUCUGCCAGCAGCUCCUUGCUAGCGCUUAACCCGCUGCUGCUGUCCAGCAUGCUGUACCCAGGGAUGCUGCUCCCUCCGAGCCUUAAUCUCCCCCUGUCCCCAGUAGCGCAGUCCGGCUUGUUAGAGAGACAGCAGCAAAACUCCAUCAGCGUCCCUUCUUCCCCGGCCGUCCCUCCCAAGGAGACUCCUGAGGCAAGAGGGCAGGGGGUAAGAGAAGGGAACCAGAAGGAGGGGUGUGGAGAGCAGGCCUCAGAGCUGAAGAAAAGUGGCGAGGAGCGAUUUGGAAAAUCAGAUUCCUCGUCGGAGUCCGGAAGCUCGCCGUCAUCUGAAGAUUCAGACUCCAGCGACGGAGACUGAGCUCAGUGCCUCCCUAACAAUUAAGUAUAUAAGUAAUAUAUGGAUUUUCAUGCACUGAAUUUUUUUUUUUUUGUAAAUUAUGGAAAUAAUAGUAUGUUAUAAGGAAAAAACCAGCUGAAGGAACAGCGUGGCAUCUGAAAUGAUUUCAGUGUUUCUUCAAAGGUACAAUAUUGUUUAAGAGGAUUUACUUUUACGCUAUUAAAUUGAAAUGUGUGAAGCUGUAUUUCAGUGAUAAAAAAGGUAUUGUUAAUUAUGUUGAGAUUCAUUUUAUUAAAUGAGAAAAUGAAUUCUCAAUAUGAGCUGUACAUAUAUAUGUAUAUGGGGGUAAAUACUUUGUAAAAACUUUUUAGAAUGUCCUCGUAAAUAGCGAAGUCUUCUGAGCAUCAGCAAUAAGUUAGGCAGCUCAUGGAUGUCUGUAAAGCUGUAGAUUUUGUUUGCCUCACACGUCCUUCUGUGUGGUGGCAAAGCCACAGGAAGCUGAGACCCUAACCAGCCUCUGUCCUCCUCCCCUCUCGCCUCACUGUGGAGCUCCGCCCCGUCUGUGGCUGCGUGACCGGCAGGCGUGCCGAAGCAUUCGGGAGGACUGUGCAUUAGUGCACCGUUGUGGGACGACUGUAGAAACCCGCAAACCCUUCAGCAGUGGGUCGUCUUAAACUUAGUUGCACUUGUAGCAUUUGCACAAACAUCCAGGUUAUUUUUUUCCCCGAUGCAGUCAUCUCCUCCCAGGAGCUAUGAGAGAGCACGGCCUUUGAAUUGGCCUUUGCUGAGGCUGCCAGGAGACCGGACAGGAAGCAGAUGACUGCUAUAUGUCACUCCUGCUAAUAGUUGACUGGGUCUGGCUGCCAUUUUGCUGUGCUGCCUGUUUCAGGUCCUGUUUUGCAUUCAGAAGAAUUCGUCAUAGCAGAGUUGCAGGUGGUUAGCUUGUCACUGACCCUAACCUCAGCUGAGUCAUGGGUGCAGUGUUCUUUGCAGUUUAUUUCACAGCGUGUGACUCGGAGGGCACCGUGUUGUGUGUGUCGCUAUAGCUGUCUGCUGGCGUGGUCAUCUCAGUCCUCCUGCUGUUUCUCCACUGGAUUUCUGUUAUCCAAAAAAAAAAAAAAAAAACGACCGAAAAUCUGUUUGCAGGAGAGAUAAUUGGUUUAAUUUCCUGCUGUCUGAGAGCUGUGGCAGAGCCUGAGAAGAAAACACUGCCAAAUUUCAAGUCAGGGGUCAGCAGUCUGGUGCCUUUUGUGUGCUGCUCUAUGUGCAUGGGGGUCACACGUGCUCUGUAGGGGGGGUUCGGCGUGUGAAACCACAGCUGACAGACAACUGGUCAAAACUGGCAUCUUCGGGGGGGGGGGGGGGGGGGGGGGGUUGUGGAAAAGCACAGGAUGGUAAUUAGAUUUCAGUAUUUUUUUUUCUGCCUGUACAGCAGAACAUGCACGAAGCAGGCGUGUAGAUGACGGUCAGCAUGUUCCCCCUGCUUAACCCGCAUCCACUUGGCAGUUCCCUGUUUAAGGUGAGCUGGCCUUUCUGGAGCCGGACUGCUCUGGGGCCUUGCAGACGCACCAAUCACCUUUUCCGGUCGCCUUGCUUCUGCAGUGCCACCAGAGCUCCUGCCUAUGCCUUGUACCUGUUCCUCUUUGGAUAGAUAUACUUCAAUAUAUUUUUCCAACACCUUCCAGCUGUGCAUUUAUUUUUCUAGGAAUUAUGUGUUAAUCCACCACUGUGUUAAAUACUUAUUUAUGCCUUAACCGUAACAUAUAAGUUCCAGGUAUGUAUAUUGUGUUGGAUUUUUAUUUUUUUUCAUUUUAAUUUAUGUGAUAUACACAUACAUGCAGCUCUUCUGGCUGAUUAUUGCCCUUACGAACAAUGUAGUGGGUACGUCUGCGCAUUGCCUUACACUGUGUGUGUAACCUAACUCAUCCCUCACAGCUGUUAAACAUGUGGGAGUUGCAUAUGUGGUCUGUCUGUCAAGUUUCUAUGUGCGUGAUGUUACCUUUUGGUGAUGGGGGGGCCUUUCUGUUGGAAACGACAAGCUGUGUACUUUGUCACGUGUUCACUGCUUAAAAAAAGGAAACUUGGUCUGACACGUCGUGGAUUUUAAGGUGGGUAUAUAUCAGUAUUGAGGGGCAAUUUUAGAAUUUUAUUAUUUUUAAGAAAAAUAGACCACUUUAUUUGAGCUAAUUAAAGUUUUGCUGACAUGGCUCAUCAGAUGCCCUUGGCAAACUUAUCAAUUAAGGUUAUUUGAUUAUUUUUCCAGAGUUGGUAUGCUGAAGUCCAUUUGGAGACGGCUAUGCAGUAUACCUCACAAGCAUAGUGCCACUAGUUUGACCUGGUCCCUGUGGGUUCCCCCCCCCCCGCCCCUUUCAACUCACCCCCCCUCCCCUUCCAUUCACCCACGGCCUUCAUAAGGCAAAAUGGCGCAUGUCUGGCCUGCUCGCCUGUGACGUCUCUGCUGUCCCGUGUGGCGCGCCCUUGGGUUGAAAACCAAUAUUACCUACUUCCAGGAUACCAAGCCCAGCGCUCUCAGAAACACUGUACAACACGAGUGGUCUUAAGGACAGUUAAAGAACAAGAGAAAUUUUGGACUUUCCCUGAGGUACUUUGGGGAUACAAUUAUUACCACAAUUAUUUUGUGCAUGAUGAUAUUUGGGUAGUUUAAAUGCUUCUUUCAAAUAGAAGAUUGCAAGUGCUGGACAAAGCAGUCUUAGACCUGUCAUGAUAAAGGAGUGAAAAAAAUGACCAAUAUGCAACAAAAAAAAGAAAAAAUACACACUAAUACUUGAGUUGACAUAAGAUUAGUGUAAAGACUACAGAGAAGGCUACAGUGGCUUCUUUUGUUGUGUAUAUAGACUUUUUGUUCCAAGCUUGAUAUCUUGAAGGUUAUUUUCAAGUCCAGUUUUCUUUUGGAGAGUUGCAGUAUAUGAAGGCUGUGAUUUGUGUAGUCUAGUAGUACUUUAUGUAGUGCAGGAGAUGCGCGUCUCAAAGUCAUUUGUAAUUUAUUGAAUUACUUUGUAUGGAGUUCUAUAGAGGAAAUGGAAGUUAAAUUAUUUUUAUUAAACUCUUUGACCUAUUGAAA